AAAGAAGUGUAUGAAAACAGCAUCAUAGCAAGUGAAUGAAUGAUAGACGGAUAUACCCCAGUAUCACGUGUGACGCUACGGGCGAUAACCCGCACUUAUCAAUUGAAACUUGGCACAUCAUUAUCAUCUUCACCGACCACUCCAGACCUGGCCUUUCUUUUGUCCGUGGUCAUUCUAGCUGGUCUGUCUGUACUCUCUGUGGGUUACUAAUGCCUCCCCUUGAUUCUUUCUCUGUUGGUUCAUCAUAAUUCAUUUAUCUCGCCCCGAUAUAGUUCUUCUUCCCCUCCGUGCCUCUGCCCGUUGUACUAACCGUGGAUCGUGUUCAUAUACAGAAUGUCGGGGAAUUACACCUAUCCUCCCGCCUCUCUUCGUGUACCUCGUGGAAGCCGUGCCGGUGAUAGACCACAGUAUCCUACCGCAAACAGUUUACAGCAUCUGCGAGAUCUGUUGCAUUCAGAACGUAACCACAGCACCACCCGCGCUUUAGAGACUCUAAACGAAGAGAUAGAAGAGUAUCGCUCCGGCCGUGUGUGGGACCAGCCAAGCUUCGAAGAGACUGGAGCAACGGUUGAUAGACAGAUACAGCAACAUAUCCCACGCCCAGGCAUGCAGAGAUUGCGAGCUCUAAAUAUCGCUGCGACAUACACCGACUCUAGUACUAGUACUGCCGAUGCUUCUAUACCCUCUAACGGACACUCUACUCGUUCCAGGGGAAGUAGCAGGGCAGGUCAAGAAGAAAGGAAUCGAGGCCCCACUUCCAAUCAACUCAGAGACGAAUCCGCACUCCAUAUCGAAGCAGCCACCGGCAUGUCUCAGGAAGCGGAUGGAGGCCGGCGGAGGGUUAAACGUAGAAAGCUCGAAUCAGAUGACAACAGAGAGGGUUUGCAGAGCUUCAGGUACGGACAGUAUGGCCAGGUUGUGUCCGGAGCCCUCAGGAUGGAAUUGGCUAGCUGCGAUGGGGGCACUUAUGAAACCGAUGGUGAAAGCACAUGGCCCGAGAACGUCCUUCGCAACGACUCUUCUGUUUACUGUACAAAAUCAGACCGGUGUAAUCUGAUCUUGAAGCAUCGUGGAGAGACCCCGUUCUGCUUGAAAAAGAUCGUGAUUAAGGCUCCCAAGUCUGGCUACGAUGCUCCGAUACAAGAAGGAAUGGUUUUCGUAUCCAUGACUUCCGACGAACUUCUGACCCGUACAGCCCAGUACCAAAUCCAGUAUACAUCUUCUCAACGAAGCCGGCGAAAUCGUCGGAGUGACAUGCAGCCUUCCCAGGAAUAUUUGAAUGCAUACCGGCAUCCUCUACAGUCUCUGACUGGCCGGGACUCUUAUUCAGAGUCGGAUACCGAUAUCAGUGACCCCAUAGGGCGAAAUGCAGGCACUAUUCCUGACCCGAUGUUAGGAUUUCGGGUUAUAACAGACUAUGAUGAGCGUUCUGAGAAUAGUGAUAACGAUGAUCGGGGAUAUGGGAACGAUUUACCAUCCCUUGCGGAUGUGGAGAGACUACAGAUGGACCAGGUGGAGGACGAUUUUCUUUGUUCGGAAAGCGAUGACAGCGAUAGCGAUGAAGAUGCAUCCGAGUUAAGCACGUACAACCGCCGACGCCGCGAACUACUCAGGCGCGUGACAUCCAUGCGUCGCCGAUACGUCAUGGAAAGAAACGGGCAGCCAAGACGACGCGAGGUCCCCAGUAUAAUUCAACCUAUACCACAGCCCUCCCCCUCAGGUCCACACACUGGUUCCGAUGCUCAGAAUCCUGAUCUAGAAUUGCUAAAACCUCACGCUCGUUUCUUCAUUGAACGAACCAAGAGCAUGGUCAGCAUUACAUUCGAUCCACCUCCUUCCGGGAGAUACAUUCUGAUAAAGCUAUGGAGCCCCCACAACGGAGGCAACAUUGAUAUACAGAGCAUCAUAGCACAUGGCUACGCUGGGCCAAGAUUCUUCCCUGCCGGAGGUUUCAGGUAGAUAAGCCUCGCGGGCUCUUGUCUGUGACAGAUGCUAGACUACCGAAAUAUUAUGUGCGCUGAGUCGAGAUUUGAAUAAUGAAGUCUUAUGAAAGAGAUGCCCUAACUUUCCAGGUCAUGGCCACUUUCACCUU